GGGAUUCGGGGCGCCUUCCUUGUGGAGAUAUUCCUAUUGCUGAUAUAUCUGAGAAUGACUCACUCAUUUCACACUUCACACACUUCCCUGAGAUUCUGGGUUUUCUGGAUUUUUUUUUUCUCAACAGAAAAAACAUUGAAGUUUUAGAAUUGACUCUGCAAAAGGAACCUCUGCCUGGCAAUUAAUGACGCGAUCCACCCCUGACGUUGAUUGGCUCUAUCAGAUGGGGGUUUGCCCAACCCCGAGGCAGACAAGAGAGUGAACUCCUUAGUCUGGGAGAGGCUCCGGGACUUCCCAAGAAGUGAGGACCCUCCUGCCUCUUCCAUCUCUCAGUGCCUUUUCUCCUCAGUUUAUCUCCGAAAUGGUGAGCGCGCAGCCUCUCGGGGGCAUCUGGAUGGAGGUUCUGGUGGUGACUCUGCUGGUGCUGACAGCCCAGGUGACUGCGGACAGACGCCCCCCAAAGCACUUUACAGAGUAUUUCAUAUCGGAGUGCUACUUCAUCAACGGGACGGAGCAGGUGCGGUUUAUAGAGAGAUACAUCCACAACCGGGAGGAGUACGUGCGCUUCGACAGCAACGUGGGGGUGUACCAGGCGGUGACCGAGCUGGGGCGGCCCAGUGCUGAGAAUUGGAACAGCCAGAAGGAGAUCCUGGAGCGGAAACGGGCCCAGGUGGACAAUUACUGCAGGCACAACUACGAGAUCGAUGAGCCCUUCUCAGUGCGCAGGCGCGUGGAGCCGGAGGUCCAGGUGUAUCCCUCCAAGACGGCUCCUGUGGGCCACCACAACCUGCUGGUGUGCUCUGUGAGCGGCUUCUACCCCGGGGCCGUGGCGGUCACGUGGUCCGUGAAUGGGCAGGAGCAGAGGGCUGGAGUCGUGUCCACAGGCCUGAUACGCAAUGGCGACUGGACCUUCCAGACCCUGGUGAUGCUGGAGGUGACCCCUCAGCGCGGAGAUGUCUACACCUGCCACGUGGAGCACUCCAGCCUGCAGAAGCCUGUCCUGGUGGCCUGGAGUGCCCAGUCAGAGUCUGCCCAGAGUAAGAUGCUGAGUGGUGUCGGGGGCUUCGUGCUGGGCCUCAUCUUCUUUGGGGGUGGCCUCAUUGUCCACAUGAGGAGUCAGAAAGCUAAUCGUGGUUCACAGCCUGCAGGGCUCCUGAGCUGAUCCCUAAGGCUGUGUCUCCUGGAACUUUUGCCUCCCCUCUCAGCCUCCCUCCACCAUUUGGAGGCCCCCUGCUUGUGCCCAGAUAUCCAGGAGGUCAGCCCUCUUGACCCCUUCCCUGGAACAGUUCCUUUGUUGCACCUUUGACUGUCCUGAAUCCUGCAGUUCAAAGACCCCCCUCCAGUCUCCCUCAUUCCCACACCAGGGUUUCAUCCAUUUUUGUCCCUUGUGCCUCCACCCCAAUGAAUGAGAAGAAUGAGAAUCAGCUGGAACCUGGUAACAGAGAAAAAGUAGGGGGAGCAGGGAGGAGACUUCAGCACUUGGAAUCCUUGGAAUCAGUCAGUGUGUGAAAUGCUUCCAGAGGGGAAGAUGGCAGCCCAUCCACACCUUUUUAUCCUGAUUGUCUCCUGUCUGUGCCCUUCCACAAUCCUGUAGAGGGAUUCCAGUGUCCUGGGGGCCUCUCUCUGCCCUCCUUGUCAUUAUGUGGAUACCAAUGGCCCUCCCAGGCUGUCUGCCCAUCUAUCCCUCCCCUUUCCUAUGGGAUGGCCCCCUUCAUUGUGGCCUUCCAUCUCUCUGAUGAGGUUCCUGCUAUCACUUCUGCUCCUUUCUUCCCUGAUGAUGUCCUGGAGUCUCUGUUUGCCCACUGUGUGCCCUUCCACUACACUUGAAUGAAAUUAAACUUUUACUCAUACCUUUUGCUAUUAUAUCUUAUUCAAUGUUUACUAUCUAUAUCCUCCAUCAGACCUUCUCUAAUUACAACAAUAAAAAAAGUUUUCAGUGUAAUGAUCCCAUUGAGCACAUCUAUCCAACAGCAUAUGCAACAGUCAUACUCACAGUCUGUCUCUAUUUCCUUCAGGAUGGAUUUGUUUCCCUUCUGACCAAACUCGGUCAUUAUAAUUAUAUAACAUGACACAUUUUUUUUCUA